UUUUAGUGAUAACAAUAAUAUUUAUUCUUCAGCUUACCUAUUAUUAUUAUUUAUUAUAAAUCUAUGCGAUUGUUUUAUACGUUUUAAAACUUAACUGAAUAUUAUCGAAGUUGUAUUCUAAUUAAAAUGCUAUCUUCCCUUGUCAAAGAACAUCAAGUAAAACAAGCUGCGCGCAAAGAAAGCCAAGAUAUUAAAAGAAAAGAGGCAGUGAAUGCAGCCAAUGAAUUAACUAACGCACUGGUCGAACACCUGAAUGUUGGUGUUGCUCAAGCAUAUCUCAAUCAAAAAAAAUUGGAUGCUGAAGCAAAACAAUUACACCAAAGUGCUAUUGUCUUUUCCAAACAGACUUCUCAAUGGCUGUCACUGAUUGACAACUUUAAUAGUGCACUUAAGGAAUUGGGUGAUGUCGAAAACUGGACGCGUACCAUUGAAAAUGACAUGCAAAAUAUCACUACUACCUUGGAGUAUGCAUAUAAAGUUUCACAAAAGCCUUAAUUAAUAUGGACCAAAAGAACAUGGUUUGCUUUCUCAAUCUCAAUUUUAUUUCAUUGUCCAUUUUUACUUAUUUAAAAUAACUGGAUACAUUAUUUGUUAUAAUU